CAAACACGAACCACACAUUCCAUUACCCCAGUGGUAACACCACUUCCACUUACUUCACUACGUUGUAAAACCCAAAAUCCAGUUUCUAAUCCUUUUCUUUUUCUUGCAAUGGCUCUCCAAGCUGCUUCUCUUGUUCCUGCUUCUUUCUCUGUCCCUAAAGAGGGAAAGAUUGGUGUCUCUCUCAAGGACUCCACACUGUUCGGUCUUUCAUUGUCAGAACCUAUCAAGGCUGACUUCAGCUCCUCUGCAUUGAGGUGCAAGAGGGAAUCCCAGCGAAAAAUUGGUGCUGUGAGGGCGGAGACAGUGGCUACAGCCUCUCCAGCAGUCACCAAAUCUGCACCAGAAGGCAAGAAAACAUUGAGGAAAGGUAGUGUUGUGAUAACUGGGGCUUCCUCUGGAUUAGGCCUGGCCACUGCCAAGGCUUUGGCUGAGACAGGAAAAUGGCAUGUAAUAAUGGCCUGCAGGGAUUACCUCAAAGCUGCAAGAGCUGCAAAAUCUGCUGGCAUGGCUAAGGAAAAUUACACCAUCAUGCACUUGGACCUUGCCUCUCUUGACAGUGUCCGACAAUUUGUUGAUAACUUCAAAAGAUCAGAAAUGCCACUAGAUGUGUUGGUUUGCAAUGCUGCAGUUUACUUGCCAACUGCUAAGGAACCUACAUACACUGCUGAAGGCUUUGAACUUAGUGUUGGAACAAACCAUCUAGGACAUUUCCUCCUUGCACGCCUGUUGCUUGAGGACUUGCAAAAGUCUGAUUACCCUUCAAAGCGCUUGAUCAUUGUUGGUUCAAUCACUGGGAACACCAACACAUUGGCUGGUAAUGUACCUCCCAAGGCAAACCUUGGUGACUUGAGGGGACUUCAGGGUGGUUUGAGUGGGCUGAACAGUUCAGCCAUGAUUGAUGGUGGAGACUUUGAUGGUGCCAAGGCAUACAAGGACAGCAAAGUCUGUAAUAUGCUCACAAUGCAGGAAUUCCACAGACGAUACCACGAGGAAACUGGAAUCACUUUCUCAUCGCUCUACCCUGGUUGCAUUGCCACAACCGGUUUGUUCAGAGAGCACAUUCCCUUGUUCAGAACUCUAUUCCCUCCAUUCCAGAAGUACAUAACCAAAGGCUUUGUCUCAGAAGAUGAAGCAGGAAAGAGACUUGCUCAGGUUGUGAGUGAUCCAAGUCUUACAAAAUCUGGUGUUUACUGGAGCUGGAAUAAAACAUCUGCUUCAUUUGAGAACCAGUUGUCACAGGAGGCCAGUGAUGCUGAGAAGGCUCGUAGGGUGUGGGAUAUUAGUGAGAAGCUCGUUGGUUUGGCCUAAGUGGGAGCUUCCAAAAUCCAUUUUCUAUAGACCUUGCACUUCUAUGGAGGAAAAUGACGUCUCAAAAGAGUGGAUAGAUAUAUCCUACCAUUUCGAAUGCCUUAAUGUUGUUUUGUUAGCUAGGCACUUCUUUGCUUUGAUGUAGGGUGUUGAUUGUGAAUCAAGACUCAAUAAAAUCAUUCAUCCA